UCUCGCUGCUUUUACUUUCUUUGCCAUGACAGUAUCCACACAAUUCUUAGAGUUAUUUACACCAACAGAAUACUUUUAUUUUACUAUCACGUUUGUCUUUCUUACUGGAAUGACAGCCGCUUAUUAUCAAAAUGCAAUAUUUGGGAUCGUAGCUUUAUUUCCUCCAAAAUACAUGCAAGCUGUUAUGAGUGGUCAAGGUUUGGCUGGCCUUGCUAUGUCAUUUUCUCAAAUUUUUAGCGCAUUUGCUGCUGAACCAAAACAAAUUCAAACUGACGAAAGUUCAACACGCAGCGCUUUUAUUUACUUUCUUUCCGCUUUUGCUGUUAUAUUCCUUUCAUUAAUUUCGUAUUUCAUUCUUAUUCGUUUGCCCCUUUAUAUAUACCACGUUACACCCAACUUGACUUUUGUGGAUCGAAGCAUAGACAAUCCUUUAAGAGGCAGAUCUUUUAAAGACACAUUUACCAAAAUUUAUAAGCUAAUUUUCGCGGUAGCUUUUGUUUUUUGUAUGACUUUGAGCGUUUUUCCUUCUAUAACCUCAUUCAUCAAGUCUGUGGCUCCUGAUGAUACGAAAAACAAGUUUCAAUACGAUUAUUUAUUUAUACCGUUACAUUUCUUGGUUUUCAAUUUUGGGGACAUGCUGGGCAGAUCUCUACCAUCACAAGAAGUAUUGGUGAUAACCGAUCAGAAUCAAAUAGCAUUUAUGUCAAUCUGUCGUGCUAUUUUCUUACCAAUACUGCUGUUUUGCAAUGUUGACGCUGGAUUACAGGGGAAAAGAAUUUUACCGUUGCUAAUAAAUAGCGAUUUGCUAUAUUUCUUGAUUAUAUUUCUGUUUUCUGUUUCCAAUGGUUACAUUGGAUCCUUAGCGAUGAUGGCUGGUCCACAAGUGGCAGGUGUCGAAAGGGAUCUUGCAGGAACACUUAUGUCAUAUUUCUUGGUAGUCGGAUUGACCAUUGGUUCAAUCUUUUCUUUUCCAUUACGAGCCAUCAGUUGUGGCUUAAUCCAUUUAUAA